AUGAGCGGCACACCUGUGGAAUUUCCGCAACAUACUGCCGCAGAUUCACUUAAUUUGACCGAGUUAACCCAGAAACUGGACACACACGAUAAAAGAAAAAUACAGUCGACAAUUGAUGGAUUGGAAUUACAAAGAUAUAGGAGAAAUGCCUUGAGAAGAUCAAGAGUGUCCACUGCCAUUCUGCCUUUACUGGGCAGCCCGAGUCGAACUUCAUUCCUCUCGUGCUUCUUACCCACAUUCCCGUUAACCACAGUAGCUGGCGAUGCCACCGAGCAACAUGAGACGAAUUUCAGGGAGGAGGAAUCGCUCAAACGGUACGAUGGUGUUUGGAAUGACGGGGUUGAACCAAGCGGGCGUUGCAGGAAAACUGUUCGUACCAAAGCCAUUUCUACGAAUUUAUCCUCGCUCUCGCACUCUGUCACUGUGGAGAAACUGUUGAACCAGGCGAUCUCCAACCGUCCACCGCCAUUGUAUUCCAAACAAGUAUAA